GAAGAAGGGAAGUCAUCUGAGGCAAGUUUCAGUCGACUAUGAACCAUCAUGAACAAAUCUGCUGUGAUGCACCUGUUGGUGCUGGCUUCACUGUGGUGCUGCCAUGGAACCAGCCAAGUCUCGCUGAAGGUGUCUCCUGGGCCCAAUCUAUUUGAAGGCGGCUUCUUUCUGCUGAAAUGUUUUCCUGAAGACCAAGCUGAAGAGGAAGAAUGGAGAGUGUGCAGAAACACCACCAAGCAGCCCACCUCCCAGCCCACCUCCCAGCUCUGUGGGCAGGGCUGGGGCCAACAGCUCAUGAACAGCUGCAAGGUGGGGCUGGCCGUGACCUGGGACAGCGGGCUGUACUGGUGCCAGUCCAAAGAGGGCGCUGUCAGCAGCACUGUCGGCAUCAGAGUGGAGAGCAGUAAACUCCUGGUGGUAGUUCCAAUGCUCCCGGUGUCUGAAGGUGAAGACGUGACUCUGACGUGUUUGGACAGAGACCGCUCCAGUGUGUCCGCUCACUUCUACAGAGACGACCUCCAGCUGACCUCUGACCCCCGCCCUGACCUCUCCCUCCGCCCUGUAAGUUGGUCUGACCGGGGCUGGUACAAGUGCAGCGCCAGAGAUAUGGAGUCUUCACCCGCUCUUCUACAAGUCCACAACCGCAGUGGAGAUUGGACAGAGAUAGCGCCCACAAACUCCGCCCCUGAGCCUGACUCCGCCCACACACACCUGGUGUUGAAGGUGCUCUGCCACCUGCUGGUCUUGUGCCCGUACUGCAUCUCCACUGUGCUCAUGAUCUCCCUGUAUCAACGACAAAGACCCACAGACGGGAGGCCAUGGCACAAAGAGAAAAAUGAAGAAUCCGAAGAUGCUGUGGCUGCUGUCACCACCAACCAUUAUUUUUGAGAUGUGUAUAAAAAUCUUUUAUCUUUUUACUAUACAUAUCCUGCUAUCCAUACUGCGUUUUAAUGAACAUUAAUCAAACAUGCAUGAGGAGUGUUUUUUUUUUUUUUUGUAUGCCUUAAUUAAUCUCACAAAGACGGUGUGUGAGAUUUUUCUCUGUUCUUGGGCUGCUCGCUCUCCUCCAAUGCACCUGUUUCUAGAAAUUGAUGUGCAAAUUUCUCAUUCUUUUAUAAGCUACUAAAAUAUAAAACUUUUAAUACUAAGAAAUAGAUUAUUAAAAAGUUUCAAGUAACAUGACAGACCUAUGUUCCCCAGUACUGCUGCUCCUAAGUUUGUAUGGGUGAGGUAACAGCAGCUCCAGGAAACAGUGGUACCUCGUGUUUAAAAAGGUCCCGUUGGUCUCCUGUUCUCUGGGGGGAGAACAGCGGCACCGGGGAACAUCAGAACGUCCCCGUGUUCAUUUAGAACAGGGGUGCUCAAUACGUCGAUCGCGAUCUACCAGUCGAUCGCCAAGGUCGUGUGGGUAGAUCGCCGUGUCUCGUCUCGUACUCGCGUUUGGACUCGGUCUUGUCUCUCACUCAAGGUUUGACACUCAACAAGUGUGAUCAUAUUUCAUUACGGCCGUUGCUGUUGGUAAUAAACUUGUAGCGGGUGCAGGAGCGUGUGGGGCGUCUCAGUGCAGCCUGUGCGCUCAUUUGAAACCCGCGGA